AUGAUAAUUUGGAACCUUUUUCACGCAAGAAUAAGCUCUACGCACGCAAUAUUGCAAUUGUUUCUUCUUCAUAUUUUCCUUUUUUUGGUUAAACAAGCUGUAUCUGAGAACCUUGAAUAUUCAACCUGUGAUAUGGGCUACCUCAAUUCUGUUUUGUCUUCUUCAAGUCAGGUUCAUGCUGCUGAUGAUUCACCUGUUAGUGGUGGAGGACUCAGUCAGAAUGGGAAGUUCAGCUAUGGAUAUGCCAGCUCCCCUGGCAAGAGAUCUUCAAUGGAAGAUUUUUACGAGACAAGAAUUGACGGCGUAGAUGGAGAAGUUGUUGGUCUUUUUGGAGUUUUUGAUGGUCACGGCGGCGCUCGUGCUGCAGAGUAUGUCAAGCAAAAUCUAUUUAGCAAUUUGAUCAGUCACCCAAAAUUCAUUUCUGACACCAAAUCUGCAAUAGCUGAUGCAUAUACUCAUACCGACUCUGAAUUUCUGAAAUCAGAAAAUAACCAAAACAGAGAUGCUGGAUCUACUGCUUCCACUGCCAUUCUUGUUGGUGAUCGGUUGCUUGUUGCAAAUGUCGGGGACUCUAGAGCUGUUAUAUGCAGGGGUGGAAAUGCUAUUGCUGUGUCCCGAGAUCACAAACCAGAUCAAACCGAUGAGAGGCAAAGGAUAGAAGACGCAGGUGGUUUCGUUAUGUGGGCUGGAACUUGGAGAGUUGGUGGUGUUCUUGCUGUUUCUCGUGCAUUUGGUGAUAGACUCCUUAAGCAAUACGUUGUUGCUGAUCCAGAAAUUCAGGAAGAAAAAGUUGAUAGCUCUCUCGAGUUUCUUAUAUUGGCUAGUGACGGGCUAUGGGAUGUUGUCUCUAACGAGGAAGCUGUUGCUAUGAUUAAACCAAUCGAGGAUGCAGAGGUAGCAGCAAAGAGGCUGAUGAAAGAAGCGUAUCAGAGAGGCAGUUCUGACAACAUUACUUGUGUCGUCGUUCGUUUCCUGAUGAACAACCAAGGUUCUUCGUCUCGUAAUAGCUCUGGCUAA